AGCAGAACAAGGUGUUUGUCCCACCGGCGUUUUAUUUAGCAGCAGAAGGUCGAGCAGAGACAGGCGGCGAAAUUUGGCACAAAAAAAACCCAAAGCUAAAGAAGAAAUUAUCGCCAAUAAAUCUGCUGUAUGUGUUGAUGGGUACAAUGUCAGGGCGUUCGUAGUGACGUUUUUGCUUUAUGUCGCGUAAAUUGGGACUCUUACGAAAGCUUGCUAGCUGGCUAAUGUUAGCUAGCGGUUAGCUAGCGUCACUAGUUACGUUGACAGCUAGCAAGCGAGUGCUAUUUUUUGACACGUAUUACUUCUUGACUUUUUCUCGCUUCAGGCUUUUUUUUUUAAAUUCCGAUUUCGGCUGAAGUUGUGUUCCAGUGAGAGCGAGUGUCUGCUGCCUUCAUGGCAACCACGGCUAGUGCCCGGAGGUUGCCCAUGGGUGUGCGGACUUUCAGCGACUAUCUCCAGCUUGCUAUCGUAGGUUCUCCUCGGUCGUGCCGGGCGGCGGUGCCUCGAGUGUGCAGCCGGCAAAACAUCAGACAUUUGUCCUCCUGUGGCAUCCUGAUGACCCGAUCGCCCAGAACGGCGCUGUGCCUCCACGACUGGGACGCGGCCAUGGCGAGUCUCCCCCAAAGCAGGAACUUCAUCAGCCUCACCAACAAGAGGAAGGAGUACUCGGAGCGCAGGAUACUUGGGUAUUCCAUGCUGGAGAUGUACGACGUGGUGGCCAACGUGGACGACUACAAGCACUUUGUUCCGUGGUGCAAGAAGUCUGUGACGGUGGCCAAGCGCGCGGGUCACUGCAAGGCCCAGCUGGAGGUGGGCUUCCCGCCCGUGGUGGAGCGCUACACCUCCAUGAUCACCAGCGUCAGGCCUCACCUGGUCAAGGCCGUUUGCACGGACGGGAAGCUCUUCAACCACCUGGAGACCAUCUGGCGCUUCAGUCCCGGCAUUCCCGGCUACCCUCGCACCUGCACUGUGGACUUUUCCAUCUCCUUCGAGUUCCGCUCGCUGCUGCACUCCCAGCUGGCCACCAUGUUCUUCGACGAGGUGGUCAAGCAGAACGUGGCCGCCUUCGAGCGCCGCGCCUGCAAGCUCUACGGCCCCGAGACCCGAAUCCCAAGAGAGCUCAUGUUCCACGAGGUCCACCAGACGUGACGUCUCCGCGCCACCGCCCGCCUCGCCCAGGCCUUAAAGUCCCGCCUCAUCCCGCAUGAUGCUUGAAUGACAGCGCCCCCCUCCCCCACCUCCAGUCUACCUCCACUCAUGUAGAAAAACCACAAACACUAGAAGAAGAAAAAUAAACCGCACGGUGACGAAGAACAAAACCUGCUUUUAUUUUGAAAGACUUAUUGUGAAGGAGAGGAAGCAGCAUCCUUGACUGAUUAGAAACAACGCUUUGAUGCAUUUAUUUUUCAUUUAUGUUGUCACUUGCUUUUUUGGGGGAUUUAAUGUGCCAUCUUUAGCUUCAAAUGUAUUCUUUCAUGAGACAAAGUCUUUCUUUGCCUGCUGUCAUGUUGGAGUGUGCAGUUAGUUGACACUUUUUAAAGCUGCACAAAAAAAAUCAGUUUGCACAUGUGGAGGUCAUAGCUUGGUGGACUACUGUUGUUUUUUUCUUUUUUUUUUCUAAUGCGGUAUUGCACUACUGUCCAGUUUUUUCCCUUUUAUCCAUGGGGGAAAAACAUUUUUAUUGUAUAAAUAAAAGCUGUUUUUUCAGCCCCCCCCAAGUUACACAACUUCCCCCAAAUUUACCCCCCCCCCCCCCCCCCCCCCCUUAUUUAAAAAAACAAUUUGUUUUGGAUGAAAAGAAAAAAACACAGAAACUGUCUUUUCUUGAUCCCCAAAACAAAGUAAAUAUUUUGGGUUUUGCCUAAUCAAUAUAUUUUAAAUAAGAUUUUAGACAACAAACCCCCCCAAAUUUGACUAUUAAAAAAAAAAUGUAAACAAUAUUUUGGAUGAAAAGAAAAACACAAAUAUUGACUAUCCUCAACAAAGUGAUAUUUUGGGUUUUGCCAAAUUUUUUUAAGAUUUGACUGUUUUAAAAAGUAAAAAAAAAAAACAAAUUUGACUUGUUUCUUUUAUUUACAUUUUUUUUUGAUGAUUGGAUAAAAAGUAAGUUUUAUUUAGAGACAGUUAACUUUUUAUGGGGGGGGGAGAAGGGAACAAAACCUUAAAGCCAAUUUAAAAAAAAAAGACUUUUUCAAAAUAAACCAAACGUACUGUUGGGCUACAAAAUAAAUGCUUGAUGUACCAUGAUGUGUUUUUUUGCUUUUAUUUAUGCACAUUAUGUAUGGACGCAAGUAGAAUUUGUUUUGAAUUGCUACCAAACGACAGUUUUUUGUUUUUUUUCGGCGUGGGGUGUUAUGCUGACGUGGCAAAGUAAAUCAUUGAGUCAAGUGGGUCAAAGGUGAACCAAUCAGCAGUGUUAAUACAGUAAGAUGUAUACACACACACAUAUAAAUAUAUAUUUUUUGGUUUGCUUUCCAGAGAUGUUUACUUUGCUAGAGGACAUAUAUUCCAAAAUAACUUAGUGUAUUAUGUCAUGUUAUUACAUACUCUAUAAUGUCCAAGUCAUGUUGUACACAAAAGAUUCAGAUUCAGCUUGAAAGCGUAUCUUGGGAUCCAAUCAUGAUUUUUAACAAAUAAAAAAAAGCUACAUAUUUUCCACGAGUGAU